GCUGGAGGAUGGACUACAGCUGGUCCUUGUUCCUCGCGCUGGCCGCGGCUGUCUUCGGCUCCCUCAAAGGGCUGACGGCGAUCAUGUUCCCCGGCUUGUUCGUGGACCUGGGGUUCUGCCUGCUGUCUGUGGUGUUGGCUGACCUGCUCGUCAAGCUAUUGGUCAACACGGUCCCAAGGAGGCUGCUGCCAGGCCUCGGCGACAGGGCCGUGCUGAUCACAGGCUGCGACUCGGGGUUCGGCCAGCUGUGCGCGCGGCGCCUGGACGCGCUGGGGGCGCCCGUGCUGGCCGGCUGCCUGCGCCCCGACGGCGAGGGCGCCGCGACGCUGCGCGCCUCCUGCUCGCCGCGCCUCACCGUGCUGCCGCUGGACGUCACGAACGAGCGGCAGGUGGGAGACGCCGUGCGCCUCGCCGAGCACGUCCUCCAGGGCAGAGGAUUGUGGGCGGUUAUCAACAAUGCCGGGAUCGGAGCUGUUGGGGAAGUUGACUGGAGUCGAGUGGAACUGCUCCAACAGGUGAUGGACGUGAAUGCAAUCGGAGUCGUGCGAGUGACAAAAGCCUUCCUGCCGAUGAUAAAGCGAUCGAAAGGAAGAAUAGUUUGCUUGAGCAGUCAAGCGGGAAGUUUUCCCACUUUCGGGAUGUCUUACUAUGCAAUGUCGAAGUCUGCUGUUCAAGCAUUUGUGGAGUCCUUGAGGAGGGAAAUGAGGAAGUGGUCAGUCUCUGUACACGGAAUCGAACCAUCUGUCUUCAAGACGGCCAUAACUUCAAGUAAGAACAUUGAUAACAUGUUAACAGAAACUUGGAAGAGUUGUCCAAAAGACACGCAAUCUGCUUAUGGAGAAGAAUAUAUCAAAACUUGUGAGGAAAAAUUAAACUCAUCGAGAGAUCUGUUUAUAUCUGACAGGCUGCACGUAGUUGUUGACGACAUGGUGGAUGCUGCCCUGGGCCUCACGCCUAAGAUGAUAUAUGUGCCUGGACUUUUUCAACAGUUUCUUACAUGGGGGAUAAACACACUUCCUCGAACAUUUCUGGACUUAAUUCACGAUCUCGUUCUGCAGAUGAAAAAGAAACCAGCAGCUCUGGAAACAGCAAACAAGUGAUCGCGCAACUCAGUUUAGUUCAUUGAAAAUUUAUCCUCAAUAUUGCAAGAUAAUUCAUCUGAAAGAAGAAUAUUUUUAUUUUUAGACAUUAACACAACCAGAUGCAUUUGUGUAUUUAUAAAGAGCACUUACGAAACAAAAAAAAAAAAAAAUUGUUUUAAUGUACAUUAACAGCAGAGUUUUCGUUAUUUUAUAAUGUAAUAUAUUUACUUUGAAUAUUAAAAAAAUAGAUAAAAUGUAUAUUUUCUGUGCUGUAUUGAGAAUUCUAAUGUUUAUGUGUGCACGACGCUGUUAAGCCCUUAAAAUGUUUUAAAAAUUAUUCCUGAAAGAUAGGCAACACUUCUGGCGUAGCAGCGUUAUUGGCAACGUCGCAUUUAGCGCUUUCUACCACAGGAAAUACACAAUGAUGAGAACAGCUAAGAAAGCGCGGUAGUAAAACACUGGUCUCACAUUAGGUAGGAUGCAUAUCCUUAAUAUGAUUUCGGUUUUACAUUGUGCACCGAAAUUGUUCCAGGAACAAAUUUUUCUUCUGUUUUUGUUUUACUUACAGGCAUUCAUUUACUACUUUGAGCAGUGUUGAGUGAGCAUACGAAGCUCUGAAUGACUAGGCACCAAAUUCUACUGACAACGUGACUGUAGCAACAAACAUUAUCAAAAUUCUACUACCCUAAUCCCGUUUACAAACUACAAAGUACAAACUUAGUGACAUUUGAAAAUUUCGUUUCUAGAACAAAAGAAGAACUAAAUCACUCUUGCAAUCGAACACAGUCCCAAUGUUUAGUCCUUGAAGCUCACCAUCACAGUGUGCUGGCAAUAUCAGUUAAGCGUUAUCUGAUACCACUGACGUUAAAAAUGAGAUGAAGUUUGUUUAUUUUUCAACAUUGUAUUUCUUCACUUGCCGCACGUAUAAAUGUCUCAUCUUGCUAAGCGAGGUGGUACUGUGUUAGCACACUGGAAUAUCGUUCCACGGGACUCGGUUUCAAAUCUUGGCGAGGCCAUUCUGGCUGCUGUUUUAUCCACGGUUUCCUGAUGUCACAAUCUACAAAGAGCCACGGUUGAUUUCUCUUCUACAAUUCCUGUGAUGUGUGUCCCUCUCUAUCGACUGGAUGUAGAACAACACAAAAUUAAUUUAAUGUAAGUAAAAUAAAGAGGCCUACGUAAGAAGGCAUCUUGAUGAUCAAAAUAAAAUAUAUUAUGUAAUUUUAUUCUUGCACAGUAGAGGUGGCGGUAUGGGACCAAAGGCGAAUACAGGAUUGUGUUGGUGUGAGAGCAUUGUGCUCCAAGUUAGUUUUGAAGUGUUUAUAGUUGCAGCUAGUUGGAAAAGUAAAUAUAUGUUUAAUUUUUAAAAAAAUGGGAUUCGUAAUAUAAGUUGGUUCGCAACUUCGUACAAACAAAAAUCGAUCGUGAGUCCAUGUGAUAUUUGUUAUUUUUUUUACACAGCUAUCUUUUAAGCCGGGUUUAUUAACUUCGCGAGGAACGCAAAAAACACAAGACGCUAAAAAGUAAAACAGCGACGAUUUCAAAAAUUACCGCAACCAUCGGUA